GGCUUGGCUUCCGGCGGCUGCAAGUCAGCGCGUGCGGCAGCGGCCCAGUUGACUGUGGAGCCAUGGAGGGUGGCUUCGGCUCGGACUUCGGGGGCUCCGGCAGUGGUAAGCUGGACCCGGGGCUCAUCAUGGAGCAGGUGAAGGUGCAGAUCGCCGUGGCCAACGCGCAGGAGCUGCUGCAGAGGAUGACCGACAAGUGCUUCCGGAAGUGCAUCGGGAAGCCGGGGGGCUCCUUAGACAACUCGGAACAGAAGUGCAUCGCCAUGUGUAUGGACCGCUACAUGGACGCCUGGAACACCGUGUCCCGUGCCUACAACUCGAGGCUGCAGCGGGAACGAGCCAACAUGUGACCAGAAGGCCGGAGCCCGGCCACCGGCCUCAGGAGGCGGGGGUCAGCUCGCGCAAAUUCCGCGCCGGUGGUCUGUCGUGGGGGGUGGGGAGAUGCAUGCGUGAGAGCCGGCACCGUGGCCCCCACCGGCGAGUGCGACUUGAGUCUGGCCACUCCUGUGUCUCCCCGAGGCCUGGGAACCCAGCGACACCUCCUGCUAGCCUGGGAGUCGGCAGCAUUGUACCCUGAUGUGCCCGGUUCAUUCAGCCUUACGGUCUGCGCCCAGAAGAGAGCCCUGGCUUGGACUUUUGGAGGUGACCACCUGAGAGUGGACCAAUAAAUUACUGAGGAGCGGUCGAGAGA